CGUUCAUCCCCGCGCGCAAGCGUUCAUUCCCGUUUCUCCGGACGGUUUCAGCACCCGGGACAAGCAUCUCGCGCUCGCAUGGCAACAUGGCCACGGAGUUCCAUAACCUUCAGGAGUUGAGACACAGUGCAUCUCUGGCCAAUAAAGUCUUCAUUCAGAGAGACUACACGGAUGGCACUGUCUGCAAGUUCCAGACCAAGUUCCCCUCUGAGCUAGAAAGCAGGAUUGAGAGGACACUGUUUGAGGACACGGUGAAGACGCUGAAUAAUUACUAUGCAGAGGCGGAGAAGAUCGGAGGCCAGUCCUACCUCGAGGGAUGUCUGGCCUGCCUCACAAUUUACCUCAUAUUCCUGUGCAUCGAGACACGCUAUGAGAAGGUGCUGAAGAAGAUCUCGCGGUACAUUCAGGAGCAGAAUGAGAAGGUCUACGCUCCUCGAGGUCUCCUCAUCACAGACCCCAUAGAGAGAGGCAUGAGAGUCAUUGAGAUCAGUGUGUACGAGGAUCGUGGCUCCAGCGGUUCAAGCUCAGGAAGCAGCACAACCAGCAGCAGCGGACGCUGAUUCUCACACACACACACACACACACACACACACGUGUGACGCCUUCAUACUGACGGCCGCUGAACAGACUCGACACGACAGCGACCGCUCAGCAUCGCCAAACACAAACACACCUGACAUGCACUGCCUCCACGAGACACAUCAGCUGCUGGAUCAGCAGCGCGUCAUUACCUCAGUCAUUACCUCCACCCUCCUGCAGCCGUUGCACAUCCUCCAGUCACUCGCUGUAGCAUCCUGGGUAAAGCGCACAUGAGCUUCUGUCACUGUAAUAUGCAAUCUCACUCACAAACGCCUGUGAAGUAGCUGCCGAACGGCACACGACAGUCUUCCAUCUUCAUGAUUUUUCACCCUUUUGUUUUGAGUAUGAGCACUUUUACUCUAACUAUUAAACAGAAGUCAGAUUUUAGACUAGGUAGAUGUCAAGGACUGAAAUCUGACCCCAGACAUUUUAUACAGGCCCCAGACACUGCCAUCUUAUUCCACGGGUACUAUUUAUGACUUUAUUGUGUUGCUUUAUUUCAUAGUGUGCUAAUCGUUCAUGCUUUGUACUCAUACCGCACUGUCAGAGCAGAAACGAGUCCUGAUGACGUGACUCAAGAGCCAGAGCUUCCUCACAUGGUCCUUCAUCACGAGCUUCCAUUUCUUACUGAGAACCUUUGGCUUCUGUAUGCAAAGAUGAAGCUGAGAGUGCUUUUUCUGUUGUGUAGCAAAAUAAAUGAACAAUGA